UGAGAGUGCAUAUUGUGACUGAAUUUUCGCAGUAAAAACAUUCUGUAAAAAUAUUCAAAUUCAUGUACAUUAAAUAUUGCUGAAAUCAGAAGAAGUCGAACGGGCGCUAAGUGAACACACACGACACUGGGAAUAUACACUAAUUUUAGUGCAAACAAUAAUAUAUUUUGUAAAAAUAUUCAGAUAUUAAAUAAAUUUCUACCGAACAAAAAUGGUUUACGAAAGUGGAUUUACUACCCGUAGGACCUAUACUAGCAGGCCUAUCAUUAGCUCAUAUGCUGUAUCGUAUCCGGUUGAACAUAAGGUUUCACGUGUGUAUAAAAUGACCUAUCCAAUAUACUCGUCGUACACAGUUCCAAGACGGGUAUAUACUGGAGCACGUAUUUAUACUUCACCUGUUCGAGUUAUAACUUCCCCAGCUCGAGUAGUGACACGAGUUAUACACUCACCAUCUCCCAUACGUGUUGUUCGCACAACUACACGGGUUAUUUCCUCACCGGAACGUACAAUGUCAUACACCUACACAACACCAAAGAUAUAUAACUCAUCAUAUUUACCAGCAACCAUUUAUAGCUCGUAUUUACCCUCUACUUAUGUAUACUCCACUCCAUCCUAUUACUACUCGCCCAUGUCUCGUGUGUUCACCCGCUCGCUGAGCCCUCCAAUCAGGAUAACAACUUCUCCAGUGCGUUCUACAACAUCAUAUUUGAAGAGAACAUUACCAGGAUAUGGCGCUCGUGCUCUUACCAAUUACCUCAACACUGAACCCUUUGCCGCUUUUCAGGAUGAAACGAACCGUAUUCGCCACAGAGCGCAGUCGUUGAUUCGUGAUAUCCACUCUCCAGUAGUUCGCAGAUCUCGUAGUUGCACACCAUUUCCCGUAACUGGAUAUACUUAUGAGCCAACAUCUAAGCUUGCUCUUGAUGCGUAUGUCGAAAGAAUAACCAAUCCUGUACGUCAUGUAGCCAAGGAAGUUCAUAGAAUCUCUCACUAUCCUGAGCCAGCUAAAAAAUAUGUUGGCAAAAGUCAUCUGGCUUCAAUGAGGAUUUGCGGUGAUAAAGCAUAUAAUAUUAGAAGGCCAAUGUACGAUUCGGACAAGGUCCGUACUGAUAUAAAUCUUCUAUCAUGGUAUUUAAGAAAUUCUCAUGGAAAAGGUGACGAAAAAAGUAAGGAGAAUUAUUCCGAGAAAGCAGAUCCUGACUUAGACCCGUAUCGUCCGUCUCGUAAAUUUUCUACACCUCUAUCAUUAGAUGACCCCGUUGGAGAAGAAACCAAAGAAAAACAACGUCUUCGACAUGAACGCCUAAUGACUGUCAGUGAGGAGGUUUUAGACGAAAUUCAGUUAGAAAAAAAGAAAGCUCUUAUUACGGAUGAGUUAAAGGAACGAGAACAAAAAACUCUAGGAGAGAGUAUUAACAAAAAGCCUAAGGAAUAUACUAAGAAAAAAGAAGAUGCUCUUAAACCCGAGGAAGCACGAUUAGCUGAAGAAGCUCGAUUAUCUGAAGAAGCGCGAUUAUCUGAAGAAGCACGAUUAUCUGAAGAAGCACGUUUGGCUGAAGAAGAACGAUUAGCUGAAGAAGCUCGAUUGACUGCAGAAGUACGAUUAGCUGAAAAAGUACGAUUAGCUGAAGAAGCACGAUUAGCUGAAGAAGCACGAUUAGCUGAAGAAGCACGAUUGGCUGCAGAAGUACGAUUAGCUGAAGAAGUACGAUUAGCUGAAGAAGCACGAUUAGCUGAANAAGCACGAUUAGCUGAAGAAGCACGAUUAGCUGAAGAAACGCGUUUGAAGAAAGCUGAAGAAGAUAGGUUAGCUGAAGAAGCACUCCUAGCAGAAGAAGUGGGUCGAAAAGCCGAGGAAGUUCGCUUAGAAGAGGAAAAACGACAUCGUGAGGAAGAAAUGAUCCGUCUAGCAGAAAUCGAAAAGCAAGCGGACGAGGAACAAGAGAGAGAAUUGGCUCGUCAAGCUGCAGAACUAGCGGAAAUAGCGCGCCAAGAAGCAAAACUUGCGUCACAAGAAUUGCAUGUUAUGCAACAAACUGAUCAAAUUAAUUCGCAAGACUUAGGUGAUACGACCAAAGUUGGAGUUGAACCCAUUAUUGAACAGCCGCUGACUCCUGUCGAAGAAUAUCGUGGAGAACCUAUUAUUGAAUUGUCGACUCGGAUUGAUGAACUUUCUGAUACUGAAGCCACUUCCGAAGUCGAAGAAAAUGAUGUUGAAGAUGUGUGAAAUGGCUCAAACAAUACAAAUUUACAAAACUAAAUAUAAAAUUUUAAUGAAACUGUGUUCAAUAUAAUAA